UUUUCAUUUCAGUCAAAAUGGUUGUCGCGGACCCUUUGCCCAUGCCCUUUGGCUAUCAAUGGCGCUCAUCCAGAUGGUUUAUCCUCUCAUGUAUCACCAUCGCCUUGUUUGCUGACACCUUUCUCUUUGGCUUCGUGGUUCCCAUUCUAGGAUAUAUGCUGGAGGGCCGGCUGGGACUCAGUUCCUCGCACACGCAGACCCUGACUACGGCACUGCUCACCGUCCACGGCUUUCUAGCGCUGCUGUCCGCCCCUAUUAUCGCGCACUUUGUAGACAAAGCACCGGACAAAAAGACCCCGCUGCUGAUUUCUUUGGCUGGAUGCUUCGUGGGCACUCUCCUUGUUGCCUGCACCCCGUCUCUGUGGGCGCUGUUCUUGGGGCGCAUUGUGCAGGGUCUGGCUGGAUCAGGCACAUGGAUCGUCGGCUUGGGGACAAUGUCUGACAUGACUGGCUCCGACAGUCUCGGCCAGGUCAUGGGCAUUGCCAUGUCGUUUGUCUCCGCCGGCGUCAUUGCAGGGCCGAUGGUCGCAGGCGCCUUACUGGAGCUUGUGGGUUACUGGCCGGCGUGGUCUGUCCCGCUGGGCAUUCUGGCGCUGGACAUCCUUGGCCGUCUCGUGAUGAUCGAGCCUCCUAGCACUAAGACCGAAUCCGCCACCAACGACUCCCCAGACGAGACCUCCGCGUUGAUUCCCGAGCCCAGUGUUGACCCGGAUGUUGCGGAGCCGAAGAAUCAAUCCCCCCAUGGCUUCUACGGCAUUAUCCUUCGCGAUGCGCGAAUCCUGGCUAGCAUACUCAACGGCUUCAGCAUCUCUGCCCUGAUGGCUUCGUUUGACGCGACCAUUCCGCUUCACGUGCGCGCCGCUUUUAAUUGGGGCAGCUUGCCCGCCGGUAUGAUCUUCUUGUACCUCCAGCUGCCUUUUCUCGUCCUGGCUCCUCUGGCAGGCUCGCUUCGAGACAAGGUCGGCGGUCGCGCGCCCACUUGCGCCGGCUGGGCUAUCCUCGCGCCGCUGUUUGUCUUGUUGGGUAUCCCCGGCGAUGAUCGAUUCCCAUGGGCUAGUGCCGAGUCUGGCGGCAAGACGAUCUACAUCGUUUGUAUUUUCGGAAUCGGGGUUGCGUUUUGCUUGGUGCGCGGCUCAGGGGUGGUGCAGAUGAUAUCCGUCGUCAAGGAUUUCGAGGCUAAGAACCCCAACAUCUUCGGGCCCAGCGGGGGAACCUCGCGGAUGUAUUCUCUGUGCGAGAUAGCGUUCAGCCUGGGCUUGAUGCUGGGACCUUUGGCGUGUGGCUCUCUGGUUGAGACGGUGGGAUACUUUUGGAUGAACGUGGCAAUGGCACUUUUAUGCCUGGUGAAUGGUGUCUCAUCGCUACUGUAUUUUGAAGGAAAGACUGAAAACACUGCUUAGCUGUUUAUAUUCAAACAUGCUCACCUGUAUCUAUUGGUAUAUCCACAUAUUGCUUAAUGUUAAUCGUGGCCUCUGCAGAAGAAUGGUGUAUAUAUAAUCAUUUAAAAAAGAUAAACCUGUUUUGU